GGCACCUCAAGGCUCACCCUCAAAAAAAUCCAACGCCCGCGCCCGCGCCCUCAGGUCGUCUCCCCAAAAGUUACUGAUUGCGCACCGCGCCCAACGGCCCCCGCCCAUUUAUAAAAACAAGCCCCAUCCCCUCCACGCACGCGCUCCCCCUCCACCCUCUCGUUCCGGACCUCUUCAUCUCUCGCCUUUCUCAAUCACCACAACGCGUCGAUUUUAAUUCUUGCAACUUUUCUCAAAGUACACCCGUCUUCAAACCGACUUCAAUCGCCAUUUCGGUUGAAUCCUGCUUCAUAGCAACCCUUUACGCUUUACGCAUCCACGCAACCCCCCCAAAACAUUCACAAUGCCUCCCAAGAAGACCGAGGGCGCCGCUGCUGCCCCCAGCAAGAAGUCCACCCACGCCAGCUACCAGGUUUGUACCUCAACCAGACCGGCUUUUUGCAUGACGCGUUGGUUGCUAACUCUCUACAGGACAUGAUCACUGAUGCUAUCGUUGCUGUAUGUUUUCCCGCUCCUCCAUCUCCGGCGCAAAGGGUUACGCGAUCGGAGGACCCACGAGUUGGGUCAGCUGCCAUUCGCGCCUAGCGCCCGUGACCUUCGAUCGCGCUACCCUCCACCGCCUCGACGAUGGUCCACCUAUUCUUGUGUUGUCUUUAAUUGACUCACUUUCCCUCUUACAGCUCAAGGACCGUAACGGAUCUUCCCGUCAGUCCCUGAAGAAGUACGUCAAGGCCAACAACCAGAUCAACACCGUCAGCGACAACAUGUUCGACUCUCUCUUCAACAAGGCCCUCCGCGCCGGUGUUGAGAAGGGUGUCUUCGAGCAGCCCAAGGGUCCCUCCGGUGGCACCAAGCUCGCCAAGAAGGCGCCCAAGCCCGCUGAGAAGAAGGCCCCCGCAAAGAAGGAGGCCAAGGAGCCUAAGGAGAAGAAGGCUGCUGCGAAGAAGGAGACCAAGGAGCCCAAGGAGAAGAAGGCUGCCGCUCCCAAGAAGGCCGCCGCCAAGAAGGAGACCAAGGAGGCGAAGGAGCCCAAGGAGAAGAAGGCCGCUGCUCCCAAGAAGGCUGCUGCUGAGAAGAAGGAGAAGAAGCCUGCCGCCAAGAAGGCUGCUGCCGCCAAGGAGGAGAAGCCCGCUGUCCUCAGCAAGACCAAGACUGGUCGCGUCACCAAGACUGAGAAGAAGGCACCGGCCGCCAAGAAGGAGGCCAAGGAGCCCAAGGAGAAGAAGGCCGCCGCUCCCAAGAAGGCUGCCGCCCCGAAGAAGGCAGCGCCCAAGAAGGCCGCCGCCGACAAGAAGGAGGCCAAGGCUGAGGCUCCCGCCGCCACGGCAUAAGGGGUCACUCUUACCUUGUUUCCCUUACCUUGAACGAUGAUGCAAUGUCGAGUACUCUGCUCGGCUCUCCGCACAACUGUUUUUGUGUCACGAAAUCUUGUCGAAAGGCGUUUACGGGAGUUGUUAUUGAACUAACUGGGAAAGGGCAAUGGGCCGGGAAGCGUUGGUGGGAAACCAACCUGGGGGGAAAACGCAACUGCGUUGUCUUGUUGUCUUUGUGUUUUUUCUUGUCUUGAUGGUCUUUUCUAUAUGUUGCGGCUGCUUUUGAUUGAGCGCGACGCGUGGUUGGGGGGCUUGGGAUUGUGUUGAAUGCUUUGAGAGAAGAUUCCCGCUUUGGCGACACGAGAACGGAUUCCCCCUUCCGACUACUGUAACUAUAGCUCGCGCGAUAUACCAACGAUGGGAGCCUUUCACUGUUCAUACGACGUUCUCCUGAUUUGUGCAAUUCUCGCGAUGUGAAGUGGCGCGCCCAACUCAACUGGCGCGUCGGCUUCGACGACCUGGAAAGACGGCAAGACCGAGUAAGGGUAGAGAGUUCGUUCAGGGGCACGGCAAAUGCGGCGCCUCGCUCGCAAUUACCGGGCGGCAAUGGAAGGAAAUGAUAUUACAUGAUACAAAUUGUUUACCAUCUUGUUUGAUGCUCACCUGGGUCUUGGCUGAGCUUCGGAGUACGAACGACAAUCUCUCAUCAAGUCGCGAUAAGAGCGGGCAGCAGUACAGAAAAGGAAGAAGUUGGGAAAGAACGAGCUGAGCUGCCGCCGUGCCGCUGUAGUGUAAGGAGGACGAAUGUCUGAGAGAACGAGGACGCGCCGUGAGAACCGGAGACUGGGACCCUGGGCAGGCACGGCAGGGUACCGUCACCGUGUUUCUCACCCAUGGCCGUUUCGGAGUGGAGCCGACGCGGUUCAUCCUUUCCAGGGUCUUUUUCUCUUGUUUACAUUUAUGGACUUUUUUCAAGCUCGCUCUCUGACCGUUUCUCUCUCCCCUCCCCCCGGCCCCGUAUGUUGACUUAACCGCCGGACGGGUCACCGCGUCGCUGGAGAGUAACGGGAAGUAGGAAGGAGAGAGAGAGAUAAGGCUGUGAGGGAAGGCUAAGGUAGCUUGUCUUGGAUACGGGGGGAUGUGAGAGGCUUGAGAGCUGAAGAAAGUCCGUGCCGUUGGUGAAGGUGUCACGUGCGCGUUCUCCCAUCUCUC